UUCUAUGUAUGUACACAUCAACCAAUACAAUAUCAUUUUGAUAAAAUAUAAAUAAAAUACAUAAAUAUUUUAGCCCAACGCGAUUAAAAGCCAGUACAAAUAUGAGUGCAAAAGUUUUGGAAGACUCUUUAGAACAUGAUUGCACCAAAAUCUGCCGAAAGGCUUGUCAUGGGCAAAAAAUAACAUCGGCAUUAACGAAAAUAUCAAUUGAGGAUCACAUUCUCGCAGUUUAUAUCAGCCUAAUUUGUCAAAACUUUGCUAAUAAUCGUGACUAUUUAGGUAGAACUGGACUUCAUAUCGCUGCUGCAACAGGAAAAUAUAUUUUAUGUAAAUGGUUGUUGGACAACAGAGCAUCAAUUAACUCUCGAGAUUAUGAAUCUGGAAACACUGCUUUACAUAGGGCUAUAUUUUACGGACAUAUUGACUGCGCUGUUUUAUUAAUAAAAUAUGGAGCUAGAAUGGAUAUAUUAGACAAGGAUAUGUAUCAACCAUUUCAAGACAUUUGCAAGAUAGAAAAAGGCUUAGGCUCGGACACAACAAAUAUUAAAGAACUCUUGGUGUGGGGCGACAAAAGUUAUAAUUUUGGGUUUCGUAACAAUUAUUCUCCAAAAACUCCAACAAAUUUAGAUCCAUUUGUAAAAGAUAAUGUAUCAAUUAAUUCUGUAGCGCUUAGCUCUUUUCACAGUAUGUUUCUGGAUCAAAAAGGAGCUUUAUAUGCCGCUGGUUUAGGUGCAUGGGGACGUUUAGGUAAUGGUUCAGAAAAUGAUUUGAUUGUGCCAAGUAAAGUAACAAUAAAAAUGAAAUAUUCUGAAGAAAAAAUUUUAAAAAUUUCAAUUUCAAAAUAUCACUCAAUGGUAUUAUCAAACAAAGGGCUUGUAUAUGUUUGCGGAUCUAAUAAAUAUAAUCAAUUAGGUCUCGAGCGACCAUUAGAUAAAGUAUCGACAUUUCAACAAGUUCCAUUUUUUCAAUUUGGAAUUGAUAAGAUAGUAGGGAUUUUAGCUAAAAAUUAUUUUUCAAUUGCCUAUACUAAAAUUUGCUUCCAUGUCUGGGGAAGGAAUCUGGGGCAAAGCCAGUUUGACAAAAGCAUAGAUUUAUCACCACGAAUGAAUUUUAAACCCCCGGAUGGUGAAGAAAUUGAAUAUGUUGAAGCAUCCAAUUUCGCAAUAGCGGUCGCAACAGCACGAAAAAAUAUAUAUUUAUAUCAUAAUUGUGAAGUACGUACAAUUAUACUCCCAUUAAACCUAAUCCCUAGAUACUGGCAAACCAAAAAUGGUUCGCAAUAUAUAAAACAUGUAUCCAUUAUUCAUUCGGAAUUUGAUGGAAAUUCUUCACCUAGACUUUUGUUGGUCAGCGAGAAAAACACUUUGUAUGUCUGGAACAAAAGUUCUGAAGAUUUUGAAGAAUGUUUUUUCUCGCCAUUUAAACUGUCAAUUAUUGAUAAAAUAAUUUUUAAAUUGAAUGAAGUGUUCAUUAUGUCUCAAGGAAAAGUUUACAUGGGUAAAUGUAAAAAUAUACCAAUAGCUACCGAAAUUUGUGGAGAUUACCCUUUGGUUCUAUUUAAAACCACAUACAAAAUACAAAUUGAGCUGAACUGUAUUAAUUUUAUUGACAAUGCUAUAGAUAUUUAUUGCGACGAAAGGUUUGAAUCAUUUGCUGUUCUACAUGACUUUUACGUUUUUCCAAAAUUAUCUGAAGAAUUUAAUUUUAAAAAAUUAUUUGAUGAAAUAAACCAGUACGAUGCAAUAAACGAUUUAAUUUUUCACGUAGAUAAUGAAAUAUUUUAUGCUCAUAAGUUUAUAGUUUAUUUCCGGUCAAAGGGUUUGAAAGAAAUUAUCGAACAAUUUGAUGAUGAAAAUAUUUAUUUAAACUAUAAGGGUCUCACGGCAAAAAUGUUUCAUACAAUUCUCAAACACAUUUAUUGCCAUUAUUUUCCAACAUUAGACGAAAUUCGUGAUUUUAUUGAUGAACGUUUAGAAUCGAGUUGCAAUCAAAACCAACUUAAACAUUUGGAUAUUCUAUUAGAUGUGGCGGAAAAAUUCACAUUGAUGGAUCUUGUUUCACACAUCAAAAGUCAAAUAAAUUUGAACCCAAAUGGGGAGUUGGUUGACAAUGAUACUAGCCAAUUUGGUCGAAUGAAAAUUUCGAAUUUUCCCGAAUUGUAUGAUGUCAAAAUAAAAUGUGCCGAUAAUGAAGAACUGCAAGCACAUAAGUGUGUACUAGUUGAACGAUUAGAGUAUUUCCAUGCUAGAUUUACACAUGGUUGGGAUGAAAGUGCUGUAGUUGAUUUAACAAAUGUGCCAAUUAAAUACUUUCAACCCAUUUUAGAUUUUGUCUAUGAUAAUGAUAUAGAAAAUUUCAAAAACCAAAAUUAUGAUGAAAUUUUUUUAUACAACAUAAUAGUAAUAUGCGAUAUUUUUCUUAUAGAUAGCUUGAGUAUACUUUGUAUAUCACUACUCUUCCAAAAAAAUGGCAUUGAAAAAUGUGGGGAAAUGUUAGAAUUUGCUGUAAGCUAUAACUGUGGGAUUUUAAAAAAGUAUUGUAUGGAUUUUAUUUGUCUACAUUUAAGUAGUGUUUUGUUUCGAAGAAGUUUGGAAGUAUGUAAACUGGAAACUUUAAAACUUUUAAAUAUUUACUAUAAACAAAUAUUUAAAAAUAUAUUUGCUUCUCGCGUCAUUGCUGUUGAUAGUGAAGCUCCAAGUGAUGAAGAUAUUUCAAAUUCUGCAAAUAAUUCUACAGUUAACAUAGAAGACAAAGAUAAUGAAAAAAUUCUUACUGAGAAGCAAUUUAAAGAAAAGGAUAAGAGGGUAGAGAGAUUGAAAGACAACCGAAGAAAAUACGAACAAACUGCAAUUUUAGCUAAAAUAGAAGAACUAAGAAUGGAAAAUAAAAAAAACUUGCAACAUCAAUUUAAGCAAUCAGAAAAUGAAGAAAUUAAUAGUUCACUAGAAAUUAAUAAUUCCAAAAUAUGGACCAAAAUUAAUAGAAAGGAAAAGAAAACAAAAUGUGUUAUGGAAAGCAUAGCCACAAGUAAGGAAAAAACAGAAAAAGAACAAAAUCUUGUUCGCUUGAAUAAAGUCGUAAAUUUAUCAACUAAAUCGACAAAUAAAAAAAAUUCAAAUAUUCUUAAUGUUGAAAAGAUGGAUUCAACAGAGACUUCAAUCCCACGCAAUUCACAAUUCGGAGAUUUUAUACCAAAAACAUUUUUUAGAAUGUCUCAGAAACAAAGAAAAGUUUUCGAAGAAUCAAAUAAAGGAAAAUUGAAGGAGAAAAUUGAUAAACCAUUUGAAAAACAAAACGCAUGGAAAGUCAUAACACCUCCUAAAAAUGAUUGCUUCGACUUGUUCUUAAAGACUGAAGAAAGAAAGCAUAAGAAAUCGUUAAAAAAAUAAGGAAAAAAAAACUUACCACAAAUUUUUUUUGAAUUAAAUUUUGUUGUUAUUUCCUUUAAAAUAUGCUUUUAAUUUUGAUCAUAUUUUAUUUAAUGAGAAGUUUUUUUCAAUUUGUUUUAUAACGUAAGCGCUAUUUUUUAUGAU